ACCGGGACUCCUUGGUGGAUGGCACCUGAAGUGGUGACAGGUCAACCAUAUGGCCCCAAAGUGGACAUAUGGUCUUUUGGAAUUGUGGGAAUUGAAAUGAUAGAACAAGAACCUCCUUACUUGGGCGAAAGUUCUGGCACGGCUACAUACCUGAUAGCCACAGUAGGGACUCCACAGCUGCGGCAGCCCAAGCUCCUCUCGGCUUUGCUGCGUGACUUCCUGAGCUGCUGCCUGCAGACAGACGAGGAGCAGCGCUGGUCUGCCAAGGAGCUCCUGCAGCAUCCAUUUGUAACCUCAGCCAAGCCACCAUUCAUCCUGGCACAAGUCAUCAACUCAGUGAAGAAGACGAAUAACCCUAACCCUAAACUCUAAACCUAAAACCUAACCCUAAUCUUAAAUGCUAACCCAAACCCUAACCCUAUCCCUAUCUCUAUCCCUUACCCUUUCCCUUACC